AUGUCCGGCACAUCACAACAGUUCCCACUUCCUCUCCCACCAAGUGGGCUGCCCAUUGGAUAUGGUUGGGAAGAACGCGAUAUGUCAGUAUUAUCGACGACUACUGCAUUCAACACCAGGAUGGAUAUUAGGUGGGACAUGUUCCUUGGUCAGCUUUGCUCUGUCGUCUGUGGGCAGGCCAGUGGUGCGGUGCUCCAGCAUUGUCACAUUUCAAGGGAUUCAGAGCCACAACUUUGGUUCAGCCUGAAGGCCCAUAAUUGGAUCCUUUUGCAGGCCAAAAGUCUUCCUCGGCAUGAACUGCAUGAUGGCCUGCUCAUGUGUAGCAACCAUAACCUCUUUUUCAAUGCUUAUGAUUUCUUCAUAUGUUUCUUCCCCGAUGUGAGAUUGAUUUUUUUGUAUUUGUCAUUGAACUACUCCGGUGAUCCUGCUAUUCAGCAAUCCCACAGCAAAGCUAUUGCCCUUGACAUCAGGGAUCAGCACGCGCCCUUCCCUUCCCUUCCCUGUUCAUCAUUCAUGAGAUGUCAUGCCAUCAUGGAGGGCAUGCCAGAUGGAGGGCAUGAGCUGGAGUGGCAUGGCAGAGGAGAACAUGUCUCUUCUAUUGGCGUACAAGAUUGUCAACCUUGA